CAUAAAUACAAUUCACGAAAAUAACAACAAAAAAAACUCUUAUUUGAAUAUUAUUUUAUCAAGUCCAAUAAAUUACAAAAUACGAAUAAAUAAAUUUUACCUUGUGUGUACAAAUCAGAUCAGAAAUAAUAUAAAUAUAUAUCGGAAUCGGUUACACAGAGACUUUAUAGAAAACUUAUACGAAAAUUAUUGUUAUCGUCGAUUUCCUGUUUUAAAGUUUUUAACAGUCUUUAAGUGGUAUCGCGGCGUUUAAUGCAAAUAUAGCAAUUUUCGUUGGUUUAUAUUUUCAAUAUAAAUAUUGCGAUUACAUGCUAUGCCAUAAGGAUUAUGUGUUACAAAUGAGAAAAGCUAUUGAAGGAGUUGGAUUACUAGCAAUCAAUAUUGAGUUAAUAUGAAACCGCUCACCUUGCUCUUGGUAAUUGGUUUCCUGGUCGAGAUUGGAUUAUUCAAUGUGAUUACUUGUUCGUCUGCUACCGUACAGAGUAUUAUCAAUUUCAAUACAACUAAAACUGCCAAAUUUAAAACUAAUUCCGAAAAUGCCAACAACACUCGAACCAUUCAAAGACUAGUCGGCGGCCACAUUCACCAUUUAAACUACCGAAAAGAUGAAAACGAGAAUCCACAAACGACCCGACUUUCAAAAAUCUAUUUUCGCCGGAAACAACUUCCCAUCCAAAAUGCUACAACUCAAGCAUCCAAUGCCUAUGUGCAAAAAGUCAAGUCGAAGCUGGACGAUGCAGAGUUUCUAUCCGAUGAUAAUAAAUUGGAUGGUGGACUGAUUGGAGCUAGUGCCGGUGAUGGCAAACAUAUGCCAACCGAAAAGAAAGACGAGUCAAAGAAAACUCUUGCCGAUCAAGUUGCGGAAGGGAAAUACGGUCUCAUACAAACUGAAAUUUUUGAUAAGACUCCAAAGAGGCCGGGAGUGAUAAGUUACUUGCCAAAUCCGGAAGUGCCCAAUGACACAGCUAGUAACUAUGGCGGUUUGGACGAAGAGGACAUAUGGUUGGCUGAAGAUCAUUUACUGGUUUUGAAAGGUGGCAAUUUGAACAAUAAACACAAAAAUGAUCCCUGGAAGCCGAUCGACGACUACGAAGCGCCCGAGCGGCAAGUCAAAAUUCCAGAUAACCCAAGAGUACCACCACCAUUUCUUGUCCAACUACAAAAAGACGGGCCAAUACAGUUUAUCAGCAAUAAUAAAUUCCCGCUCAUCAAUCCAUUUACGAAUGAGUCGUUACUUCUAUUCCCCGAAGGUGGUUUCCCCAAAGCCGAAGCUUUCGAUAGCUAUAAAAAAGACAUUUUUGCCCGGCCGGGAACGAAUGAAAAUUCUACGAACAAUAAUGGCUACCAGUACCUGCCACCCGUUAUGCCGUGGAAUUACAACGACAACCAGACGUUCGUUAAUCCAUUUGUAAAUAUGCAACUGCCACCGUUUCCGUUUCCAUUUCCCAAUGGCUCACUGGAAAACUCAAAUAUCACCGACUAUUUCGACGAAGAUGACCCGUCACUGUAUUACCCUCCGCCAUACAGUUUUGUUUAUAAAAGCAACUACAGCAAUCCAGUACCUCCAGGUCCUCUGGUUCCUGGCAUAAUUCUUCCACCGCCUCCCGAUUUCUUCGGUCGACUAGAGACUCCAACCACCACUGCCGCUCCAACGACAACAACAACAGUAAAACAAUAUAAACAAGUAAUCAGACCGAUUACCCGUGUAACAACAAUUCGACCGGUCACGUUGAAAUUGAAGCCAAAACAAAGCUACGUCACCGAGAAGAUUAUUUCAACGUCGCCAUUAUCAACUCGACCGACUGCAUCAACUACCACUACGACCAUGCGUACCGUAACUCAACUGAAGAAAAUUACUGAUGAUCCACCAGAAAUUAUAUCAUUUGUACCGCGCGAUGCCAUAUCAAAUAAGAACAUAGACGCAAUGAAAGGAAAUCCAAUUUAUUUCGAAUACUUCGAUGCAAAGGUCAAUCAGCCGACAACGACAACCUAUUACAACGCCGAACAAUCCACACAACCGCUACCAGUUUCCUAUAAAGUGGAACUUCAGCAGCCACCCAAAGCCGUUUACAAGCAAUCUGAAGUCACACAACUGAGACCGCAGAAGAAAGCUAAGCGACCAUAUAAUGCCUACUUGCCAUUGCAGCCGUUCGACUAUGAUAAAUACGUUUACAUCACUCCGAAGCCAGAAAUCACUCCCAACGGUAUAUCUAACAAUGUUAUACCAACGGUCGAAACUAUUUCGAGCAGGCCACUGCAGUCAUUCCAAAAGGAAGUGGAAACGAUACGCCAAACACUACAAUACUACAAAAAUCCACAAACAUACGAUGCACAACGAAAGCCUAAGACUAAAGCUGUAUACGAGUAUUCCUUCGAUGCGUCAAACGGUAACCAGAAUAAACAAUUCAUAGCUCCGACUACAUUCGACACGACACCAUUCAAGCCGAUGGUACAAUACAGUACACUGCUUAAUGCUGAAAAUGAAUUCAGAGCUAUGCCCUACACAACCGAAUAUCCACAGAAUUAUUAUUCGAGCACUGGCAACGAUUUCGAGAACAACCCAUCCCCUCGAGUAAAUGGAGCCCGGAAUUAUUCACCGAAAAAACCAGUCCAACAGUAUCUCCCGAAUAAAUACGGAAACGAUGCAACUUCACCACCUCAUUACGAGCAUCCCCAAAAGGACACUCAAUCUUAUGACCAAUUCCACUAUUACAAUACCAAUGCUGAAUACACAACAAAUCAUAGUCCUGUGCAGCCACAGCAGCAGCAACCAUGGAUUUCAAUAGAAAAGCAGGUGUUUAGAGAAAUACAUCCCAAAGACGUGAGUGUUCAGGGUAAUUCCAGACCACUGCAAGUCUAUCCUCAGCAAGGGUAUCAACAGCAAGGGUACCAACAGCAGGGACAAUACGAUCACUAUUACUACAAAAACCCGAAUCGGCCGACAUAUCCAAAUGUCGAGCAAAACUAUCAGAAGUAUCCAACGACCAAAAAUCCAAACGCUUACUACAAGCAAAUUGAAUCCAUUCGCCAGCAACUGAGACGAUACCCACAAAAUCAACAAGAAAUCAGUUUAGUCAAUGAUACAGCAGUCAAUUACAAAAAUCCGCGGCCCGCAAUCAAUCCGGACGCCGAGUAUAUAAAUGUUAAUCAGUACAAUCAACAUAAAGUUCAGCAACAGCAACAACAACAAAUUCCCCAGCGUCUGCCACCACAGCAACUGAACCCGAACAACUUUUAUCAUCCCCAACCCAUACCACUGAACAAGGACAUUUUAGUCAACUAUAAAUAUCCCUUGCCUGAAAUAAAUCCGGAUAGCGAAUGGUUGCCGGAGGAUUUACGACGAUACAAUCGACGCUAUCAGAAUCCUGCUAUUCACUACAAGUUGCCCGGAGAUCAUCAAGCUGGCGUGUAUUUCUUUACACCGCAAGAGAAACGAUAUCAAACCGAUUGAUAUCAAUUUUCUCUUACUCGAUGUAAAUUUAAAUGUGAUGAAUCUAUUUUAACUUAGUAAAAAAUUGUAAUUUUCUGCGCACCAAGAGAAAAGGCAACAAAAAACUGUGCAAAAAAUUGUGUGCGAAGAGAUAGAUAAUACAUUUUCCUAUGGCGUUUCCUAUGAAUGACGAAAAUGUGGACGGGAUGAAUAUUUGAUAAUUUUGCUCAAGAAUGGAAUAUUAUAGAGAAUGCAGAAAAUGAA